AUGGCAUCGACAAGGUCGAUGAUACGGUUGGCAUCCCGUCGCUCUUUUGUUUAUGCCCAGACGACGCGAACAGCGCGAUUCUUUUCUGUGGCACCCUCUUUACAUGAAGCGAAGAUUGUUUCUGGCAGCCCGCUUCCAAAUCCCCGGGAUGAACAACGACCAGUCAUUGAGACACUUCACCGCCCCGUUGUGAACCCAGUCGACAAAUAUGCGGAAAAGUCAAAGGAACUUCAUACAUAUGGCGAAUACCUUAUGUCCUGCCUGCCUAAAUAUAUCCAGCAGAUCUCGGUUUGGAAAGAUGAAUUAACCAUCUAUAUUCCUCCCUCAGGUGUCAUUCCUGUUAUCACGUUUCUUAAGGACCACAGCGCCGCCGAGUACAAGCAGGUCACGGACAUAACCGCAGUCGACUUCCCAACACGCGAAUACCGCUUCGAAGUCGUUUAUAACCUUCUCAGCGUCCGCCAUAACUCCCGAAUAAGAGUGAAGACAUAUGCGGAUGAGGCCACGCCGGUUCCUAGCAUCACUUCUUUGUACGAUGGGGCGGUUUGGUAUGAGCGUGAGGUCUACGAUAUGUUCGGCGUGUUUUUCGUCGGACAUCCGGAUCUUAGGAGGAUAAUGACAGACUAUGGCUUUGAUGGGCACCCCUUGAGAAAGGACUUUCCUCUUACCGGGUACACCGAGAUUAGAUAUGACGAGGAGAAGAAGCGCAUUGUUGUAGAGCCAUUAGAGUUGACACAGGCAUUCCGGAAUUUUGAGGGUGGGACUGCUGCUUGGGAGCAAGUUGGAGAGGGCACAGACAGGAAACCUGAUCGAUUCAAAUUACCAACUCCAAAACCCGAGGAAAAGAAGGAGGAACCAAAAAAAUAG